UAUUUCCCUAUUCAGAUAUUCUACGCACAAUGCAGACUUCAGAGGACACAAGUGUGUAUGACAAAGUUGUGAAUGCUAUUUUUGAUGAAAAAACGUUAGCAACAAAAAGCCAUCACCAGAAUACUGGUAGAUUGGGAAUGGUUCACCAUGAUACUACUUCCAUCCAGUUCGCAGAUUUAGACACCGAACUUCGUGAUUUUGUUGCUGAGGUCUCCAGGGAAGUGUUCAAGAAGCAUUGUGCUAAGCAUCUCGAAAUAGUGCCUAUGCAUCUGCUAGAUGAUUGUACACAAUUCUCAAGGAAUACUGUCAAACUUCUGACUCACGGAGGGGAUAUGCUUGAACUUUGUCAUGAGCUGCGCCUACCUUUUGUUAAAUGGAUAGUAGUAAACCAGAAAUUUUCAUUUAAACGAUAUGAGAUAUCAUAUGUUUAUAGAAGAGCGAUUGGUCAUUCACCUCCAAAUCGUUAUCUUCAGGGUGAUUUUGACAUUAUUGGAGGUGCAUCAGCUUUGACAGAGGCAGAGGUUCUCAAGGUGACAGUGAACAUUGUUUCUCAAUUUUUUAACUCAGAGUUGUGUGAUAUUCAUCUUAAUCACGGGAAUCUGCUCGAGGCUAUCUGGAUUUGGGCAGGAGUCAAUGCAGAGCACCGACUGAAAGUGGCUGAGCUCCUCUCAAUGAUGGCUUGUUUGCGUCCACAAUCAUCUGAACGGAAGUUAAAGUGGGUUGUUAUAAGGCGUCAGCUUUUGCAGGAACUCAAUUUAGCAGAAGCUACUGUAAAUAGGUUGCAGACUGUUAGUUUAAGAUUCUGUGGAGCUGUAGACCAGGCCCUCCCUCGAUUGAGGGGAGCAUUGCCUGCAGAUAAACCUACCCGCAAAGCUCUUGAUGAGUUGUCAGACCUCUUUAGUUACUUGAGGAUAUGGAGGAUCGAAAAACAUGUUUAUAUAGACCCAUUGAUGCCACCAACUGAGAAUUAUCAUAGAGAUUUGUUUUUUCAGAUAUACCUGGGAAAGGAGAGCCAUCCUGGAGCACUUACUGAAGGUUCAUUGCUUGCUGUUGGUGGUCGAUAUGAUUAUCUACUUCAUCAAAUGUGGGAUUGUGAAAAUAAAACAAAUCCUCCAGGUGCUGUUGGAACCAGCCUUGCACUUGAGACUAUAAUCCAGCAUUCUCCUGAAGAUUUCAAGCCUAUUAGAAAUGAACCUACCACCAGCAUCCUUGUUUGUUCAAGAGGAGGUGGGGGUCUGUUAAGGGAACGCAUGGAACUUGUUGCUGAAUUGUGGGAGGAGAAUAUCAAGGCUGAACUUGUUCCUGUACCUGAUCCGAGCCUCACUGAGCAAUACGAAUUUGCAAGUGAACAUGAGAUAAAAUGUCUUGUUAUCAUAACCGAAAUGGGUGUAUCUCAAACUGGCUUUGUUAAGGUUCGUCAUCUUGAUCUUAAGAAGGGGAAGGAGGUUCAGAGAGAAGAUCUUGUAAGAUUUCUGUUGAAUGCAAUGGGGACACAAUUCCGUAACCCUUCAGUUUGGAGCCAGUAACGUCUACAUCAAAUAUGAGGUGUAUGAGUCAGAAUUCUUCUUUGUUGUCUCCUCUGGUGCCCAAUGAUGCAAACUGUGAAGAGUCUUUUGCAUGAAUCUGUCACCAAGUUUUUGCAGCUUUAAUUUUGUUCGAAUUACAUUACAUGUUACGUAAAUUUAUCCGAAACGAGUGUAAAUGCACAACACUCCCGGGUCUAUGUAUCAAACAGAAUACAAAAAAGAAGAAAAAAAAGUCAUCGGUGAUACAGCAAUCAACACAAACAUCAUAGUUUUUGGUUUGGCCAAGACUUCGAGCUAUG